GGGUCGAGUACCCGACGAGGUUCUUUGCGAGGGAUUAUGCAGGGAAUCGGUUGGAAUUUACGCUGUGAGGGGGGGUGAUGAUGGGGAUGGGGUCUUGGGGUUGUGUUCAGUAAUCAUCAGGUGAUUGGGAUGGCUUUCAUGUCAGCUAUGCUAAUUGAUCAUGAUAGUACUGAAUUUGGAUUUUGUUGGCUUCAUACCUAUUCUUGGAUAAGGCUGAUCGAGGCCCGGUAAUCCCGUUCCCAUUGCGGCCGAGUGCGGGUUUCUCAUGACAUUCCCCUGUCAAUCGUCAUUCAGAAUCCUAAUAUCUGCAAGUUCACGCUCAGACGUUCCUCACAGUUACAUCAAGACCAAAUGCUGGGUUAUGCUGGUAGAGCAUGCAGCUGCUAUUGGUAAACCCUGCUCUGACUCAGCGACCCGAACAAUAGAAUCUUCUUCGGAUGUUCCACGCAUACUUCUUUUCAGGGAGGCAAAGUUCCCGCCAAUGAUUUGGAAGGUGCUGUGCUUGGGCUCAUUAUGGGUGAGCACUUGCUUCUUGGCUUCACAUAUCGGGUUGGUGAGAUGCCGACCCCGCGCCUACGAUCAAUGAGCGACCUCGAGAGGUGGAGAUGGAGGUGGAAUGUUACACUCAAAAGGAUGGCAACGGACGAGAUCUAUGACUUUAUCAUUGUUGGUGGUGGUCCAGCUGGCAGCACUCUGGCGUAUGGCCUGUCUCAAUGCCCGAAGCCGCCCAAAGUUCUCAUCCUUGAGGCAGGUGGUGACAAUGAAGACAAGAACCUUCGUGUCGAUGGUCAGCGCUGGUUGACGUUCAUGAAAGAGGGGAUGAACUGGGGAUAUAAAACCACCCCUCAAGAAUUUUGCAAUAACCGUGAGAUUGACUACUCUCGUGGUAAAGGCCUUGGCGGAUCAACCGCCAUCAACUUUGGUGUCUUUACCGUGGGUGCCAAAGACGACUACGAAACUUGGGCCGAGAUGACCGGAGAUGAUGACUUUGCAUGGGACAAGAUCAACGACCGGUUCAAGAGGAUUGUGACAGUGCACCCGGAAGUUCCUCCGGGGACAGAUAAGAAGUAUGCCUCGCUCACACAAAAUGGCAGCAAUGGUCCGGUCCACGUAGGGUAUGCCGCUGAGUUCGAAGAGGACCUCCUCCCGCUUCUUGAUCAGUUCGAGCAAGGCGGCUUCCCCCUAAACUCAGACCACAAUUCUGGCAACCCUCUGGGCAUGUCGGUUCUCAUCAGUUCAGCCUAUCGCGGCCUCAGAUCAACAAGCAAAGACCUUCUUGCCAACCUCCCGCCGAGUUUCACCGUCUUGAUCAACUCCCCCGUGCAGAGGAUCAUUUUCGACUCCAACAAGAAAGCCGCCGGCGUCGAGUCCAACUCUCGGGUCUUUCACGCCAAGAACGAAGUCCUUCUCUCCGCUGGCGCCCUGGACUCGCCUCGGGUUUUAAUACACUCCGGCGUCGGCCCGGCAGAUCAGCUCUCCCAGUUCAAUAUCCCGAUCAUUGCUGACAUCCCCUCGGUCGGCCAGAAUCUCCGCGACCACUGCUUCGUCCCGCUUGUAUACAAACGCUCACCCAAUUCCAUCACGCCUCUCUCCUCCCGUUCAGCCUUUUGGUCUGAUCAGACACAGAUGGAUCUGGCUCUUGAGCAGUGGAAGACCAACCCUGGUGCUACACCCGUCAACCCCUGGGGCAAAUACGCCUGUGAACUCGGCAUUGGCUUCUUCAAGCUUGACUCUAUAACCAGCUCAAAGGAGUUCCUGUCCCUGCCAGAAGAGGAGAAGAAAUACUUGAACAAAGAGACCAUUCCGCAUUACGAAGUCAUCACGCACUUCCCCAUGCAUUGGUUUCUCCCAGGCUUUCCCGCAAACCGAGGAACCAACACUCUUAUCGAUUACACCUGCUUCUUGGUCUUCCUCUACAACGCCCAGACUUUGGGGACUGUCAGACUCCAAUCAUCUGACCCGGCGGUGCCAUUGUUGUUUGACCCCAGGUUCUUGGCUCAUGAGUUUGACCGGAAGGCUGCCGUGGAGUCAUUGAGGGAGAUAGUCAAGUUUACUGAGAGUGAAAAUUUCAAGCAGGGGGUGGAUGUGGAUGGGAUUAUUGCUGGCCCGAAGGGGAAGGACGCCGGUGAUGAGGAACUGCUGGAGUAUUGGAAGGAAAAUAUCUCUAGUAGUUGGCACAUGACGGGGACGUGUAAAAUGGGGGAGGUGGUGGAUGCUGACUUUAAGGUGAAGGGGGUGGAGGGGGUGAGGGUGGUGGAUAUGAGUGCUGUGCCUGUGUUGGUCAGUGGGCAUACACAGGCUGUUGCUUAUGUUACGGGAUAUACGGCCGCGGAGAAGAUUUUGAGAGAGUAUGGGCUUUGAGCUAAAUGAAUUAUAGAGAUGAAAGAUCAGUACGGUAGAAAUGCUAUGUAGGCCGUGCGGCAUUAAAUGGUGACCAAGCGGGGGUAUCUUUGGUCAAAAUCACCUGGUAUGGCACCUGUGAAAUCUCUAAUCCCAUAUCCCGUAUAGCGCCCAUUUCACACGGCGUCGUGUGAUAAACUCCGCAGGGUUCAAGAACU